CCCAGAAUCCUUCGCGUUGUCAUAUUCUGGACGCCUGCACCAUCCUGUCUGCAGACCGAGGUGAAACAGGUGACUCGGCAGCUGCUUUUAGGGUCGAAAUUCACCGACUGAACCGUUUCUAGUCUUUAAUUUGAACCUUUACUCCAACGAAGGAGCGAGUUUGGAAGGUAAGAACCACGAUGGUGACAUUUAAAACCCUUUUUUGACGCCUGUCUUUAACCUAACGAACCAGCUAGCUGUUAAAUUAAACAGUUAUACGGUCAUCCUUCAUUCUGGCACCAAUGUGCAGCAUCUAAGCUGCAUCUUGUGUGUUUAUCUCGUUUUAAAUCCGUUUAAAUGUCGUUGUUUUAUUUGUCCGGACGCCGUUAGCAGCAGUUGGUGUGUGCUAACAAAGCAAACAGCCGCUAAUGUUGAGGUUUUCCUCCUCCUCCCUCCAGUUUGGCUCAGUUUCUGUUUGUCUUGCACUUUGUGUUUCUGCCACAGUUUGUGAUGAUGGGCUCUAUUGCUGUUGCGAAAGUGUUGCAGGGGAGAAAACGGGCCUCAUUCACAGCAGCUUAUACUGACAGCUAACUCCAGCAGACAGGAGCAUGAACAUUUGAGAGGCUGAUGGUCCCAAAGACAGCUGUGUUUUAUCAUCAUUAAACCUGCAUUAAAGGCCUUAUAUCAGACAGGAACACAAGCAGAGAGCAGUGAGGGGGAUUUCAUGUUCACUGAGGAGUAGUCACAGCUGUGAACAUGUUUAAAUUUAGGGCAGUGGGUCAGAGGGGUCUCUGGUUGGGUUGUUGACCUGCACUUUACAUGAUCACAAAGUUAUCAGGUGGUCUGAGUAUUGUGUGUUUGUUUAGACUCAAGACAAGCCUAUUCUAGCAUGUAACGAGAAAUAAUCAAAGUCAAACAUCUUUGAAUUUGACAAUUAAAGCUCAUAGUUCAUUAAAACAAGAAAUCCCAGAUUAUUAGAAUAUUAACUUUUAAACUGUGCCUUAAAACUGAAGAAUUUGAGCUCUUUGAACAUCAUGACUUGGGCGUAGGGCUGGGCGAUAAAACGACAACAAUACAUAUCGAGAAUUAAUUUCCCUCAUUACAAGGUUUCCCCUACAUGCAGUUGAUCGUGGCGCACCGCCACGGCUAAAUAAAAACAGCCACACCUAAAAAAAUUAGUUUUUAUCACUACUGAAAUUUCAUAUGAUCAUUAAUAUCAAUGCGCACUAAUGAUUUCUACUCGCUCUGUGUGAGCACAACAACACAAAACGUUAUCAUCAAGCGCAUCAAAUCUUGUCAGACCCUCUUCCACUAAUGUGAAAGGUAACGUUUAAACUUAUACACGGUCUAUAUAGUGAGUAGCACGGGUAACAUAACGUGAAUGUAACAGCGUAGCUCCUGGAGCGGCAAGAGAGUGGGGGUAACAACGACUAAUGUGUCGGGGAAUACCUCAAAUCUUUUUCACCGCCUGAAGCAGCGCCACGCCGCAGAGCACGCAGGUUACAAAUCCUGAGCGGAGCAAAGAGCCCAUGGCGCCUGUGCUAUUCAGUCCGCUUUCUCUAGAGCAACGCCUUACGACAAAACGUCUUAGAGACACAAAGACCUCACGGAUGCAGUAGAUUAUUGUGUUGCAAAGACAUGCUACCAAUAAACACUGUUAAAUUUUAUUUUCUAUAUCGUGAUGUAGACCAGUAUGGGCUGAUGUGAAAAAAAUAUAUUGUGAUAAACUUUUUCCCAUAUCGCCCAGCCCUGCUUUGGCGUAUGUUAUAAGAUUCAUAACGAUGUCUCUCCCCACAGUUGCUGACUCAUUAGUGCUCGUUCAUGAUUACUGCAGCCUCUCCCUCGUCAAUGUCCUUUUUAUGAGGAAUCAGCUGAUUUUACCUCGCCAUGCUGAGGAAAUGGUGGUCACAAAUAUGGUUUAUGCCUCAUUUGUUCAUGACCGCAGCAGGAAAAUGAUACCAGGGGAACAGUUUCAUUAUUUCUUCUCUGGCAUCCACUAAUCCCAAGAAAUCCUGUGACCAGCAGUCGGCUACGAUUUAAGUCAAGAGAGCAGCCUGAAAGGAAUCUGAACGAUAAAGUCAAAAACAGCAACAACAAAAAGACGAAUAGAGACUCUGAGAAAGAAUAAAAAAAAGAGCAACGUUUGACUCUCGGUGUUGGAUAGCUGUGGUGAAGAAUCGAGGAAAUGAGAGUACAUGACCAGACCUCUGGGAGUUUACAGUUUCAUUUCUGAUUUCUCUUAUUUUAGCUCCGGUUUAAAGAAGCUACAACACCAGGGAUGGGCGAUGUAGACUAAAAAACUUAUCACGAUAAGAUUUACAAUAACAAUAAAAGUCCCGGUAAGAAAUAUUAUAAUUCCAAUUUAUAUUUUUGACUUAUUUUGAAUUGAGAACACCAGUCGGAGUCGUCAAAUAAGAUACUUAACCACAUGUUUUCAGUUCGAUCUCGGUGAUCAGCUGUGAGCAUAUUUACUCGAUCAAACAUGGCGGAAUUGUACGUGACAACAGCCAAUCAGAGUCGAGCUUUUCCUGCCCACUUCUGUAAGUUACAGGAGAAAUAAACAGAAUAACCGAACGUGGAGCUGAGGGCAGCAAAAUAGAUGUCAGCCGUGACUUUGAGUCCUCCUCAGAAGAUGUUAUUGUUGAGAAGAAAAGUUAUUCAACGUCGGUUUUGUGGUGGUGGUUCGGGUAUCUCCAAAGUGACGUUGAGCAAUUAAGCCGAUGUGUCGGUUGUUUCAUCGUUUAAAGAAGUUCCUCCAGAGUGAUUCUGUGAAAAGCACCAAAGUAAUUGUUGAGUUUAUUUUUUCUUCCUGCAGCUCGUGGUGGUUUUGCAGCGACUGUCUGUCCAUGUGAGGCUAACAGCAGAUGUAUUCUGUGAUGAAAUGAGACACAUUUCCCACCCAGGAACUUGAAUUGUUCACUGUCGGUUAGUGCAGGAAAUUAUUGAGUUUCACUUCCUAUAAAUCAUUUUUAAGUCUCAGGGCAAAAGGUUAAUGUGUUUACAGAAGAAGGAAAGAGAUGAGCAGUCGGACUUUUUCUCAGCGCAGCAGGUUUUUAUUAAAGUCACAAUCUGUGAUUUUCUUAAUUGUUGAUAAUGUGAAACUGAUCACCUGUUUCAUCUCGCCUGAUAUUUUCCAUCACAGUGAAGGUUCUGAUAAAUUUGAUCAGGUUUGAAGACGAACACUCAGACUUUCUGCUCCGUCUCCUCUACAGAUGCACUGAAGACCCGUUCCUCCUCAGAGCGAGUGCACUUCCCCUGAACUCGCCCGACCUUCUGCUCCGAUGACCCCCCUCUUCUGAUUUCGCCUCAGUCCCCCUUCUUUUGACCAGUGGGCGGGGCUAGCCCAGCUGGGGGCGGGCAGGGUGUCCGAGUAUGGAGAGCCGAUGUAGCAGCGCCGACUCUCGGCUGACCGGCCGGGGGGUGGGGUCUAUAGUGUCCACGCCCACCUGCGUGAGGGUGGAGUCAUACGAAUCCGGAGACAAGAAGUGCAUCUCGGAUGUGAGAAGGACCUUCUGCCUCUUCGUCACCUUUGACCUCUUGUUCAUCACCUUGCUGUGGAUCAUAGAGCUCAAUGUAAGACACGAGUGUUUGAGUUGUUGAGGCGAGGAGGUCUUGAAUUUCCACAAAACAACAAUCUGUGUUCAGAAAAUAGACUUCUACAUUUUUAACACCACUGCUGCUCCGUCAACCUUUUCUGCGGCGUGUGUCAGCUGACCUUUCAUCACAAGUUACCGUAUUUGUGUCUUUAUAGGAGCUCAUAAACCCUCUUACGUAACUAAAGCGACUGUGACUCUGCUGUCAUGUCUUUAUGGUGGUUAAAAGGUGAUGAAAACUGAAAACUGAAGCAGGUGACACCGCUGCUGAAGUGAAUCUAGGUCAGUCAGGUGUGAAAGUUUGUGUCUCCAAUAAGGAAGUCACUCUUACUGCGGCACAUGAUGUCUAACUGCUCCAGUUUCAGAAAAGUCAACCCUGAGAAAUAACUCAAAUACUUUCUACAUGAUUGUCUUUAAACAGGAAUUCCAGUUUCACAAGUCAAACAGAGAAUCAGAUCAUCUGUAGAGAAGAAGUUUCGGUUCUUCCUGCCACUGAAAGUCCUGCUAGACUGGAUCUCAAAUGUUUCCCUUCCUUUUUCCUCAAAUCUCUCUAUUGUUGGUUUUAUUUUUAUCUCCUUUAUCUGACUGAUUUAGAAACAUGUUUAUAGUUCAGCAGUAGAUGAUUCAUGAUCCAGAUCCAGUCUGAAAACGUAGAACCUGUAGGCCCCAGACUCUCCUGAGAAAACGUUUUCUGGUUUCAGCUUGUAGUCCAAGGAAAACUCAGUGCGUUUACAUGCACAGCUUAAUCGGACGAAGAUCAUAAUUUGGUUUUCUUGCCGAAUAGUCCGCAUAUACACGCAGCUGAGAAAACUGAAUUAUUGACAUGAACGUGUCCAAAACUAGGGGGCGAUAUGGGUCUUUUCAGCUGCGCUGUUUCCGACCCCAUACAACCGUCAACGACAACAGCAGGUUAGACGUCAGAAGUGUCUACGACUGCUGUUCACCUUUUUGGAGUGAGAAGACGGAGCAUCGUACAGCGUUGUUUUUGUCCUACGUGAUGGACACGCUACUUUUUCUGCCGAUGAGACGCACGCUACUCCUCUUCUCUGGUGUUGUCCGAUCAUACUCUGACUACGCUGGUUGCAUGGUCGAGAAAAUCGAAUUCCAAUCGCAUUAUCUGGGUGUCUUAAUCAGAGUUCUCCAACUCCUAUUAUAGUCGGACUAAGGUGUUUACAUGCACUUUAGUUGUCCGGUCUCAAUCGGAAUAAGACGAUAAUUCGGUUUUCUCGAGUGUCAUGUAAAUGUACUGAGUGACCAGCAGCAGUAACAACAGUGAGCAAAAGCAGCCGCACAAAGACCCCAACAGCAGUUUGAUAACGGUUUAUUUCUGUAAACCGAUAAUUAUAAUCUGGAUCAAUCAUUUACACCGAAGUGAGAAAUUUGUAUUAAAGUCUUUUGCUAAAAUCCAAGCGGCGUUCAGAUUCCCUGACUUCCUUAAAUGCGGCAGAAAUGAUACAUUUGGUUGUUAAAUAAGGCGAGCCAGCGACAACUCCGUCCCUUGGCUUUUCAGACGCUAACGAUUUCAAACACCUUUUCCUCCUCCUGCUCCUCUCCCUGCUCUCCUCUCUCCUCCUGAAAGCAGCUGAAGAGUCAAAUUAAAACCAUGAUCUGUGUUCGUCACUUGUUUGUGUCCGGCAGGUGAACGGUGGCAUUCAGAAGCAGCUCGAUAUCGAAGUCCUCCACUAUGACUACCGCGCCUCCUUCUUUGACAUUUUUGUAAGUCUCACUUUUCUCUUUCCUUCUAUAUAUCAUGAAUAAAGACACUCAUUUCUCUCCUUAUCCCACUUCAUUUAAAUCUUUUCUCUCUCCCCUCACAGCUCCUGGCUGUUUUCAGGUUUGCCUCUCUCAUCCUGGCGUACGCGGUCUGUAAACUCCGUCACUGGUGGGCUAUUGCAGUAAGUUUGAUACAUUUAAGUUCUUUAUUUAAACAGUAGAGGGCGCUGUUAGGCAAAAGUACCCCUCAAUCUUAAUGUAGGCGCACUCAGAGUCAGAGUUUUUGUACGUUUUGACUUGACGACGCUCAAAAGUUAAGGAGAUAAUGAAGCCGAACAAGGUAACCUAGGGAUGAGAACCAAACUGGAUGAUAGAGAAUUGUUUUGAGUGUAAUUUACAGCUGAUUUAAGACAUGGGUCAAAACCGACCCUUAACAUGGUGGUUGUGUAGUAAAAGUUAACACAGGAAGAAGGUUGAGACGGUGAGGUAAAUCAGAGUUCUUGAGUGUCUCUGAUGAGUGUUUUUGUCUUCGCUCAGAUCACCACGGCAGCCAGCUGUGCUUUCCUGAUCGCUAAAGUCAUUUUAUCGAAGGUAAGAGACUCUGAUCUGUUCAUCUCUGACUCUAACAUCACGACUCUCAGUUCCUUCAGCAGACUCAAUGCUGAGUCAACGCCGCCCCCUGCUGCUCACUAUCAGAAUUACAGUAGAACAUUAAACGACUUAAACCAGCUUCCCUGACCUUAUUUGACCAUCUUGAUACGACAUGACUGUGAUGAUGAAUUUCCCUAAAUAAAAGUUUUGUGUUACAUUAGAGAUUAUUUCUUAUCAACAGGAGUUUAAUGUAUGUUUAUCCCUUUUUUUUUUAUUGUUGUACCGUAUUUUCCUGCUUCCAUCCCUUGUGAUUGUAAGUGCGGUGGUUAUUUUUCUAAAUAUUAUAGAUUUGUAGUGUUGGAUAUCAUGGGAGUCUCUGAGAUUGGAGUUCAUUUCCAGCUUCAUUUUCACCUUCUUUAGGUUGGUAAACUAAAAGAUGUAAAACUAACGAUGUUUCUGUUUGUUUGUUUGUUCGUUUGUUUGUUUGUGUGUAGCUUCUGUCUCAGGGUGGGGCCUUCGGGUACCUGCUGCCCAUCAUCUCCUUCGUGCUGGCCUGGAUUGAAACCUGGCUGCUCGACUUUAAGGUUUUGCCUCAGGAGGCUGAAGAUGAAAACAGUGAGUUAAAAAAAAUUAAAAAAAAAACAGAAUUUGCACUUUUUCUGUUCAAGAUCGUACUUGAGGAAACUGAUCCAGGGUCAAACCUGAGGAUGUAGGGAUAAAACAAUAAAAAUAUAUACAUAAUUUAUAAAUUAAAUCCCACUUCCAAUGAGAUCAUAGCCUCCGAGGUUCAGACCUGAUACAAACCCUGAGAUGUUGUCAUUCCUUCAGUACUUUUCAGAUUAAACCUUUGUAUGAUUGGUGAUAUUUUGAGUCUUUUAUUUUGACGGGGCAGCAAACAAGGAGCAACCCCAUCCAUCCUCUUGAAGCUACAAUCUAAUAAUGAAGAUCAUCAGCUCAUCUGUAGCUGUUUGUUUUAUUUUCGUCCUGCUGUGACGGUCGUGGCUCUGUUUUUGUUUUACAGGAUAUCUGUCCAUCAUGGGCGCCACAGAGCGAGCUCCUCUCAUGGGUCCUGGUCCUCUAUCUGAUGGACAGUUUUACUCCCCGCCAGAGUCUGUAGCAGGUCAGUUAUUUCUUUGUUUUUAUUUCUUGAUACUCAUCUUCCUGUGUUUGAAUUUUCUGUUUCAUUUCUGUGUCGUGUUCAGACUCUGACGAGGAACUGGAUGAUAAACAUGAUCCAGAAAAAGGGCUCAUCCAGCAGGUGACUUAACAGGUACCAUCAUUUAAAAUCACGUUCCUUUAGGUGUUCCUAUAGUUCUGAUAAAGAUGGGACCACUGAGUGUGUUUUUCUGUUUGUGUCUCUGACAGGACCUUCUCUGCUGAAUGUGAAGGUCUUCUGCUCCAACCACAGCACUGAGGGAAAAGUCUGCCUUACACAUUCUGCUCUUUUAGAUUUUAUUUCGUCUCAGAGACCUUUUUGUUCACUCAGGCCUGCGAGUGCACCUCAGUUUGUGUUAUCAGACCUCUGCAUGAACACCCGAACUCACAGCGCUGCUAAAAAGCUGUCGCAGCUUCACAUAUAUUUUUUUGGUUGUAUCGUUGGGAGGACCUCUGGGACUGUGAGAAUCUUUACUCAUGGAAAUGUUUGCACCAGGUCGUCUCAGAGGCUUCGAGAUGAGCGUGUGAAUAAAGUUGAAUGAAUAUGACACGUUGAAUCUGUGAUUAGAUCAUGAUUUAAGAGCGGCAGUGACACAUUGUACAACAACAAAAAACUGUAUUUCCUCUACUUAAUGUUGAAGUCUUAUUUUUACAUCCUUGUUUACUUUUUUAUUUGUUUUUGUAAUUCUCACAUGCUCUGAUUUGAAGUCGAUGUAAAAAAAUAAGCUCUAUGACUCUGCAUGAAGGAAAAAAGGGGUUAUCUGAGGCCAGUAUUGAGCUUGCGGACUGUGUUUUGUACCAAACAGUAUUUCAAUUUUACAGUGUCAAGUCCUGAUUUCAUCGCCCAAAGAUGCAUAAUAAGAAUUUGCUUCUUAAAUCGUGUGAAGUGUUUUAAAUCUGCAGCAUUAAAAUGUGAAAAGUGCUCUGAGAAGCUGCUGUAAGAGCUCAGAUCUUAAAUAUACAUGUACAUAUCUUCACGCAUGCCCUGCAAGCCGAGCGGUUUUGUUUUUAUGAAAAGCUUGUCUGUUAAAAAGAAUCAUUAAAAUGUGAAUCCUC